AUGCGAAUAAGGGUAGUGGUUCUCAUAACAACAGCUGCUUCUUUGUUCUACCAUCACGAGUCCCAUCGUCCUGAUUCUCUUUCCAAAAAGUCCAUAAACACACAAAAAAGGUGUGAGGAUCUUCAAGGUGUAAGCGCCUCAAUGGAAAGGUACGAUACGGACACAUUUGAGGCGUCAGAUGAGGAACUCAAAGAAAAAAGCGAUAUCGGAGAUGACAAGCUGUUAUGCGGUUAUGGAAGCUGCACACCCGCAUGGUUGCAACGGUUUCACAAUGCAAAAUGUCUACUCUUGAUGCUUGGCAUAUGUGCCUUUAUCCAGAGUUUUGUGGUAAAUGCAAUAUUUCCGGUUGGUCUAUCCACAUUGGAAAGAAGAUUCAAAAUGACAAGCACCCACACAGGAAUUAUAUCAAGCUGGUAUGAUUUUGCAGUGCUUCUUGUCGUAUUUCCAUGCUGUCAUUGGGGAAAUAGCGGACACAAAGGACGAUGGAUAGGUUGGGGUGGAAUUAUCAUGGCACUUGGUUCGCUAAUAUGCGUUAUACCUCAUUGGAUUAUUAGUCCGUAUCAGCCUGAACAUUCAGAAAUGAACACAACGGAUUUUGGACAAUGCACUCUUAGAGACCUUGAGAUCAAAACCUGUGAAAAACAACCGAUCUCAUCCUACCUCAAUCCCUAUUUCCUUUUAUUCUUACUUGGUCAAACUCUUCAUGGAGUUGGAUCAACGCCGCUGUUCUCGAUAGGAACCACGUACAUUGACGAAAAUGUCUCACAAAAGGCCUCUCCCGUCUAUUUAGCUGUGCAUGCUGUUCUGACGUCUUUCGGACCCGUUAUUGGAGUUUUCGCUGGUGGAGCCCUAUUAAAUAUCUAUGAUGAUUUUGACAGAGUAGAUCAUCCCCCAAUUGCCCGAAACGACCCACGUUGGAUUGGCGCAUGGUGGAUCGGCUUCUUGAUAGCGUCCAUAUCCGCUCUAAUUAUUGCGUUUCCUAUCCUGGGUUUUGCUCGAGAACUGCCAGAAGCUAGACAUCACAGAGCCAAGGACGUCAAUCAGGUUCACGCCGCUAAUGCUGCCGAUGCCAACGAAAAAGCUCCAAAGGAUGCGAAGAAACUACCGGCUGUCGUUAUGAAAAUUCUUCGGAAUCCAACGUUCAUCGUCUGCAUCAUCAUAGGCAUAUUCGAAUCAAUCAUCAUCAACGGAUUCGCAGCAUUCAUGCCAAAGAUUUUGGAAACGCUGCUUAGCACAACGCCAAUCUUUGCUUCGUAUCUAUCAUCUGUGGUAAUAUUUGCUGCUGCAGCUGGUGUAAUGAUUGGAGGAAUGGUGAUUCGAAAGUUGCGAUUACAAGUCGGGGGUAUGUUGAAGAUGAUUAUUUGCUGCCAUGUGGUGGCGCUUCUUUUCACUACUGGCUUAUUGUUACAUUGUCCACAGAGAAGUUUUGUUGGCAUCAAUACUGAUUAUAAUGAUCUAGCUAUCCAUGUAAGCGACCACGACAUCAAGGCGGAAUGUAACGAACAGUGCAAUUGUAAGGAAGAAUUCAAUCCAGUUUGCGAGGCUGACACUGGUAGAAUGUACUUUUCCCCUUGCUUUGCGGGCUGUACUCAAAAACAUGAUUCACAUGGAAAGAAUAUUUGGUCGGAUUGCAGCUGCUUGAAGGAAAACUUUACGAAUCAUCCAGAAGUGCAACACUCAGAAUCUCUCCAACAAGGUUAUUGCAACAUCGACUGCGGCUACAACACCUACAUCUUGAUGGUCACCCUGUUCAUUACUGUAGUUGCAAGCUUUGCAUCCGGGAUUCCAACCCAGCAAAUCAUGCUUCGUGUUGUUCCAUUUGAUCAGAGAACAUUAGCAUUAGGAAUCAACUGGACAUUUCUAAGGCUGCUAGGUUUUAUUCCUGGAGGUAUUCUUUUUGGAAUGAUGAUCGAUAUUGCUUGUAUGGAUUGGGAACAAUCGUGUGGACGUCAACAAACUUGUCGUGUCUACGAUCCUUUAAAAUUAAGUUGGACCAUCACUGCAGUAGCUAUUGUCUGCAAACUCCUCUCUAUACUUACUACUAUACUUGGCUAUAUGACAUAUCGGCCAACUGAUCUCGAUAUGGGGAUGUCCGUUCAAUCACAAGACUCACAUGGUGCUCUUCAUCUGGUUGUCAACGAUGACAGGCCACCUGAAGAAUUUGGGCCAAAAAACAAAGUAGUAUCCUAGUAGUUCCACUCAACUUUUCUGUAUCUGAGCUAUACCCAGAUUCAAAUUUUGAACUUCUCAGAGAAUUCUACAGUUGCAUACGUGUAUUUCAGUGUUAUAUUGUUUGAAUGUCGUCCCUCGAAAAUACUUAGCCAUAUGUGACUAAAUGUCCAGGUCGGUCCUUGAGGUGCAUUAGAGCUAUACACUUUAUUUUUCUCUUUUUUUUCUGAAUGUACUUCAGGUGUUUUCAUGUGUCGCUUUACUUCCAACAGUUUCGUUCUUGUCUCUUUUUCCAUCCUAGCGUUGUCACUUGAUUAAUCUCAGUUUUUUUUUUGAGACUUGCUUGCCUUGGAACGUUGCAUAUCCAUCUACUUUCCUUGAUGUAUGUUGUGAAUGCACUUACAAUGACAAAUGUAUAUAGAAC